ACAGUAGCAAUUCUGCGCGGUGAAACAAACGGAUUUGGAAUUCUCUCACGAGAGUCUCUGGGUUUCUACACCGGGAGUAAUUGGAUUUGAGAGCACUGAUCCGCUGUCACCGUAUGGGCUGGGGCGCUUUCGGUAAACCCAUAUUCCUGCACCCCGCGCUCUGGCACUUGGCAUCGUGUCCAUCGUUCGCUUGACAGACCGGGUACAGAGAACAGCCGUUUUUACUCAGACGUUGUGCUCUGUAUUUCGGUUAUGACGUAUGCAGACCGUGAUGCGGGCACGUAAACUCCAGACAUGUUGCGCAGCAUAAUUCGUAGCACUGUCAAAUUGACAUCUCAAAUCAGCAGACAUUGAGAUGGCAGCACGUCCAGACUUCCAACAUGAGGGGAGGACUGAGAAGAACCUGUCUCCCCUGUCUCGCCUCCCCUAUGAGCGGGUGACCCUGAUGGUGGAUGGGACUCACUUUGUGGUGGACCCCGCCCUGUUCACCGCCCACCCUGACACCAUGCUGGGGAGGAUGUUUGGUCCUGCCCGUCACUUCACGCGGCCAAACGCUAAGGGAGAGUAUGAGAUCGCUGAGGGAAUCGGAGCCAGCAUAUUCAAAGUCGUCCUGGACUUUUACAAAGUAGGUAUCCUGCAGUGUCCAGAGGGAGUGGCAGUGUCUGAGCUCAGGGAAGCAUGUGACUACCUCUGUAUUAACUUUGACUACAGCACCGUCAGGUGCCGAGAUCUCAGUGCAUUGCUGCAUGAGCUGUCCAACGACGGUGCUAAGCGUCAGUUUGAUGUCUUCCUAGAGGAGCUAGUUGUCCCGGUGAUGGUGUCCAGUGCUCAGGAGGGGGAGAGGGAGUGUCACAUCGUAGUUCUCACAGAUGAUGACAUAGUGGAUUGGGACCAUGACAACCCUCCACCCAUGGGAGAGGAGUACUCACAGAUUCUGUAUAGCACCAAGCUCUAUCGCUUCUUCAAGUACAUCGAGAACAGAGACGUGGCCAAAGCACUGUUGAAGGAGAGAGGACUGAAGAACAUUCGCAUUGGCAUUGAGGGGUACCCCACCUGUAAGGAGAAGGUGAAGCGCCGUCCCGGUGGGAGGUCAGAGGUCAUCUAUAACUACGUGCAGCGGCCCUUCAUCCAGCUGUCCUGGGAGAAGGAGGAAGGGAAAAGUCGACACGUGGACUUCCAGUGCGUCCGCAGCAAGAGUGUCCCCAACCUCAUCGCCUCUCUGGGGGAGCCAACACGACCCGCAGCCACACCCAGCCCGCAGGUCGAUGAGCUGGAUAGACUGAUCAGCCCUGAUCCCCACCCCCAGUCUCAGGCCCCACCCCCACCCCCACCCCCACCCUCCAAUGACAGUUGAGGAGGGUAGAAGUUGACCUUAGGCAUAUAUUUGGUUAUGGUCAGGGUUUGGCAAGGUUAAGGUUGUGCUGAUACUAGGGCCUAGAUUCAAUCAGAUCAAGCGUUAACCAGCGAUAGCUGACACCCGUAUAGCUGAUGUUUUGGCGUGUCGGAGAUGUAACUGGGUUGGAGCUGUCAAAUCGGUGAGCAGCUGCACUUGUGAUCUCACGAAGCCACACCCUUCCAACUUGUGUUAGAAGUUCAGAAUGAGAAUGUGUAGGCUAUAUAGAAAUAAUGACGCUCAAAUUGAAAAUCAUUCAAAUAAAUA